AUGUUUACUAAUAAAUUUUGCAUUAUAUGGAGAUUUAUUUUUACUAUAAUCAUAAUCAAUGCUUUAUCGAAUGGAAUUAUUUCAGACGUUUAUGCAACCAACUCACCAGUACUAAAUUUAUCAGAAACUUUAAUUUACAAUGAGACGAAUAUCUCUACUGGAUCAAAUCGUACCUAUAGAUAUCUCUAUUAUAAUCUUAAAGCCUAUUUUCUUAAAUGGUAUCUACCUGUAGUGAUAAUUUUAGGCGUUGUUGGUACUGUCUUCUGUUUAAUCUUUCUAUUCUUAUCCAGAUUAUUUCCACAAAAUAUGUUGAUAUGGUUGGUCAGUAUAUGCUUUGGUGACUUUUUCAUCCUCUCAUUAGAGGGAAUAUGGAUGCUGCUAAAAGUCUGGUAUAAUUAUGAUAUACGUGAUAUUAAUAAUUUUAUUUGCAUAGUGCAUACCAGUCUGUCGAACUAUUUUUUCUAUUGGUCAGCUUAUAUGCAGACUAUGCUAUCAUUACAAAGAGCUUAUCUGAUUAUCAGACCGCUACGAGCUAGAAAUAGUGGUCCAAAUAUGGUUUGGCUUUUCAGACUGUGGUUUAUAAUAUCUAUAGGUCUGGUGCUACCAAUUUUACCAUAUCCAAUAUAUUGGCGUGUUAUUAAUGAUGACUGUGAUCCUACAAGCAGAGAUUUGUUUCAUGUGACUACACUGAAUGAUUUCAUUAUCUGGGGUUUAAUUCCAUUGAUCGGGAUGACAUCUUCUACAGUUAUUAUAUGUUGGAAUAUAUUUCGACUGAGAAAGUGUUUUCGGAUAGCUACGUCAGCAGUUUACCUACAUGAAAACCAACAACAACAACAACAGGAACGAGAACGGAAGUCAAGAGAAAAUAGAUUUAGUACAAUGGUGUGUCCAUAUAAACAAAGUAAUUUAAUUGGAAAUUGUCUUAGACGCUCGAAUUCCCUGUCAAUAUCUGAAUCUGCACUUUAUGCGUCAACUAAAAAUCAUUAUGAUGUGCUACCAAGAAUUUAUAAACCCGUAUCUAUUCAUGAUAUUAUACGUCAAACACCAAAAUGCAGUACAAUUACAAACUGUAGAAUACAAAACAGAAUAAUAUAUUCAGUACCAUCUCAAAAACACUUUACAACUAAAAGUAAAACACUAUCUUCUGAACAACUCACAAAUUGCAUAAAAUCAAACAGUUAUCUGGUUGUCGUCAUGGUGCUGCAGACAAUGCUGGACAUGUGA